UAACCAAUCAGGACCAAGGUUAUAUAGCAGAGCGGAAAAACAAAACGAUGAAAGAUGUUGCCGAUGAAUUCUUAGUUUAUUUUGUUUGUUGAAUUUAUUUAUGUUCGUUUGGUCCAGAGAUAUUUAAAUUUAGACUAUUAAUAAGGGUCCUGAAAUUAUUAUUAUUAUUACCAUCCCUGAGUUAAAGGAGCGAAUAUUCAGAUAUUAUUUGAGAUAUCGGUUGAUGUGUUGAUGAUGUAGUAGAGUACCCCAUGCAUCUGAUUUCAACACAGUAAGUUCAACUAGUUAAUUUGAAUUGCAUAACAAUAUCAUGGAUUAACAACCGUUUAUGAAACGAGGGAAAGUGAUAAAGUCUGUUUUGAGGUAAGAACACGAUGCAAUACAACUGAUGUCGGACAGUGACAGUGACCGGGUCACUCCCGUGAAACCCCGACCCAAACGCCGCCGAAUCAUCUUCGACCCCUCCACCAUCAACGCGGUUCCCAUCUACACCAACAAAGUGAAUAAAUGUCUACAGCUGAAGCCGACCUCUGCGGUGCUAACGCACAGCAGCUCAUGCGACCCAGCAGAGGCUACACCGUACAGCAACUCGGCACCCGAAUGUCACAACUUCUGCCUCACCGAUUCUGAGGAAGAGGAGGAGCGCAAACUCCCCAACCACACUAAGAUCAGCGAGAGUGUGGCCCUCCUCUCCCCCUCCCCUCCCCGGACCCCGAAUGUUCCCCGGGUCCAGGUGUCUACCUCGGUCUGGAGGGCCAUGGAUGAGGUGAACAGCAGGCUGGGCUCUGUCUCCUCCCUGCUUACUCUCUCUCCAGAGGGGAAGGGGGGGAUGAGAACCAGAGGACAAGCCCUCCAACGUGCCGCCCCCGGCCCCUCGCUGACUGACGCCCAACACUACGAUGAUGACAUCAUCGAGACCUCUGUGCUCCUGAGCCCGUCCCUGGAGCCCGAAGACCCUCUAGUGGGCCGCGAGAUCCAGCUCAAGUUCCGCUGUCGGACAGAGAUCCAUCGGAUCCCUGUGGUGUCGUCCAGACCACUGGGGGAGGCGGUGGAGGUGCUGGCAGUCAAGCUCAAGGUCCCGCCCUCCCGCAUCCUCCUGCUCAGGAAGGAGACGGAGCUGCCUAUUCACUCCUCAGCCAAUCAGCUCGGCCUGAGCAUCGCUGACAUCAUCGAUUGUGUUGUCAUGGCAGAAGAUACUAAGCAGGAGACGCAGAGCAAUGACAUCAUCACCGUGCGCAUACAAGGAAUAGACAGAGGCUCAACUCGGGAGUAUUCCCUACACAAAGAGGCGUCCCUGGGCUCCAUCCUCUCUCAGUACACAGCCAGCCGGUCAUCCGGCGGUCAGGCUAAAAUGAACUUCCAGUUCGAUGGCUCAAAGAUCACAGCAAGUCAGACGCCCACCCAGCUGGACAUGGAAGACGGCGAUGUCAUCGAGGUGUGGAGCUGAGUCACGUGACCUCGGACCUGUCAACUUUGGCACCUGCAUUUGUUUACACAACCUGUGGGUGUGUGUGUGUGUGUGUGUGUGCGCGCGUUACAUACACUCUCUUUUUUGCGUGUCAAUAUUGUAUUAUCAUUGCCAUGCUGCGUUGUGAUCGGUUAUUCUAGGCACUUGUUACUCAGGUGUAUGUAAAUUCCCAGAUCAUCCUCAUGCAGAGGUACACCCGAUUAAAUGGUUGGAUACAAA